AUGGCCGAGAAGAAGGAUCUGGAGGCCGGUGACCCCGAGCUAGAAGGUGGUCGGAAACCGAUGGACUUACCAACCCUUCCCAAACCCUUGACUCUGGAGGAGAAAAAAUAUCUCCUUGCUGUGGAACGUGGGGACAUGGGAAAUGUUAGACGCAUUCUUCAAAAGGCCCAUCGCAAGAAGCAUAUAGAAAUAAACUGCGUAGACUCGUUAGGUCGUGGAGCCCUUACAUUGGCUAUCGAUGGCGAAAACUUGGAGAUGGUUGAAUUACUGGUCAUCAUGGGAGUUGAGACCAAGGAUGCUCUACUCCAGGCCAUCAAUGCUGAGUUUGUUGAAGCUGUUGAACUUCUGUUGGAACAUGAAGAGCUGAUUCACAAGGAGGGAGAGCCUUACAGUUGGCAGAAAGUGGAUCCAAACACGGCAAUGUUUACACCAGACGUGACACCACUAAUGCUGGCUGCUCAUAAGAACAACUAUGAAAUCCUGAAGAUCCUGCUCGAUCGCGGAGCCACGUUGCCAAACCCUCAUGACGUUAAAUGUGGUUGUGAGGAGUGCAUCCGUGAGUCUACCGAGGACUCUCUUCGUCAUUCGUUGGCUCGACUCAACGAGUACCGUGCCUUAGCAUCACCUUCUCUUAUAGCCUUGUCUUCCACUGAUCCCAUCUUGACAGCCUUCCAGCUUUCUUGGGAACUCAGGAACUUGGCAUUUGCUGAACAGGAAAGUAAAUCCGAUUACUUGGAACUUCGGCGUCAAGCGCAAAUGUUUGCUGUUGACCUUCUCGACCAGUCGCGAAGCUCUCAGGAACUGGCUAUUAUUCUGAACCAUGAUCCCGACGAACCAGCCUUUGUGGAUGGAGACCAUAUGAAACUGGCGAGGUUGGAGCUUGCUAUCGAUUUUAAGCAGAAAAAGUUCGUAGCCCACCCAAACAUCCAACAGCUGUUGGCCUCGAUCUGGUACGAGGGCGUUCCUGGUUUCCGUCGCAAGACUGCCAUGGAGAAGAUUAUGAUCAUCUGUCGAGUCGCCUUACUCUUCCCCUUCUACUGCACCUUGUAUAUGAUCGCCCCCAACUGCGCCACCGGCAAACUCAUGAGAAAACCGUUUAUGAAGUUCUUGAUCCAUGCCUCUAGUUAUCUUUUCUUCUUGUUGAUUCUGAUCUUGGUAUCACAAAGAGCGGAGGUGCAAGCGAUACAACUGUUUGGUCCAGAGUGGAUGGUGAAAGAAUUGGAAAAAGAACUUCUCAAGCAGAGAGGAAAUGGUCCUACGUAUUUGGAAUUAGUCGUCGUGGUUUAUGUCUUAGGUUUCAUAUGGGAAGAAACCCAAGAGAUCUACAUUGAAGGUAUCCGCUCAUACCUUCGGAACAUGUGGAACUUCAUCGACUUUACCAGGAACUCCCUCUAUGUGGCCGUGGCUGUUCUAAGGUUCGCCGCCUACAUCCAGCAGACCACUGAGAUCAGGAGGGACCCUCAGACCAAGUUUAUUCCAAGAGAAAACUGGGAUGCUUUUGACCCUCAACUCAUUGCUGAAGGGUUGUUUGCAGCGGCUAAUAUUUUCAGUGCCUUGAAGUUGGUGCACUUGUUCUCCAUCAACCCUCACUUGGGACCGCUGCAGAUCUCCCUCGGCCGCAUGGUCAUCGAUAUCGUCAAGUUCUUCUUCAUCUAUAGUUUGGUGCUGUUUGCCUUUGCUUGCGCUCAGUUUGGAGUACGCCAUGUCAUCGGGGCUCCCGUAGCCAUCACCAGAUUGUCGGAACAGGCCAUAGUAUGUAUUCCACCUCGUUCGGCCAAAUUCACAAUCGACGAGUGGAAGUUAAGUAAUGAACAGAGAUGCAGGAACACGGAGGAUCAACAGCAGUUAGCUGAUAGAGUACUCGGCGAGUCCAAUCGAGUUCGAGAGGAGACCCAUGAACGUGCUAACAUCUUGAAAGCUACAACUGACAGGCGGAUUGAGGAACGCAUCGGUGACAUUGAAUUUAACAAGAACGAGUUACAAAUCCAGCGCAAAGAAAUAUGUUUGGAGCUAGAAGCUCUAUCCGUGUACAAAACACGUCUCUUAGAUUGUCUUGCUUCACUCCAAGCUAACGCUUUAACUAUUUGCCGCAAAUGUCUUAUGCUUAGAGAUGGACGUAUCGGCAUUGACCUGGUCGUCGACGAAGUGGAAUCAGCUCUGCAACAAGAGAUUACAACCAUUCAAGGAGGACAAAGCUUGCUGAAGCGAGUGUUGGAGCAGUUAAACGAGCAGAUGCGGCGCCUCCGAUCCACGCGCUAUCUUCUUGACCGUGACUUACAGUAUAAACAAGCAGCUAUUGAUUUGGAUAAAAGCAAUCUUUCUCUGAAACAUACUGAUUUAUGUCUCUCUGUAUACGAAGGCUACGCUAGCUUGGAUCCAGCGAACAUAUCUGCCGAUGAGUACAAUGCAUAUUCUGCGAAAAAUAUACAAAUGGCAGCAAGAGAGGUGACGAGCGCGCGACCAAUACGAAUGUAUGUCGAUACAAUCCUAAAGCAAGUGAUUGAUGACCUUUGGAAUGCUUAUAACAAAUGCAAUCAUGCUUUUAAUGAGCGUAUAGAAGAUACAAAGCGAGCUAAAAGUAAACUUGAGGAUAUGCACCGAGAGACGACUCAAAAGAUUUCAGAUAUGCAGAACAAUAUCUUGCAACUGCAGAAGGCUUUGGCUGAUAAGGAAGGUCAUACUGCUUUGGCUCAUACAAGGCUUGGAAAACGGGCACAAAGAGUAGGAGCUGAGUUGGUGAGGGAUCCUCCUGGGCAGGCUUUGUUUUAUGAAUGUGAGAUGUUGCGACACAGCACGGAGCAACUGCAACAGAUGCUUCAUGAGGCUACAUCUUCCCUGCGAUACCUGUUACAGACUCAGAUACAGCUGGAGGAGGAUAUUAACGUGAAGAUGAACACUUUGAAGAUUGAUGAAGUGGAUUGCAUGACUUUGAGACAGACGAUGGAUUAUCACGCGUAUUGA